ACCACAAACUUACCAGGGGUUUGCAUCUCCAUGGCAAGCAAAAUGAGGGGAUUUCAAUUCAAGUUUUUGGAACACUUUGCAUUCCGUCUUAAGGUUGCUAGCAGAGCCUGCAAUUCUCACCUGCAAAAAAAGUGAGAGGGGUUGAAUGUCAGUGUGCAUUUGUGUAUGUGUGUGUAUUAGACCACCCCUUAGAAGCAGAUGGGGGUGGGGGUGGCUCCAGAGGUUUGCUGGACCCCAAAUCCUGGCUUGGUAGCCGUGCUAAAGAUGACCGCUCUUUCAUUUGCUAUUUCUCGCCUUCGGAUACUUUGGGGGGAGAUUCAUUCUUGAUUCUUUUCCUCCCUAGCUUGAGCCGAGACUGGGAAAGGUCACCCCAUGAGCACUUGGGGAGGGGGCUUGAGUCGGACUCUUCUGCACCCCAGCUCCCCUCCUUAAGCCUACCUCCGAGAAACAGGAGUAUCGAGGGAGCCUCCUAAACACCUUUCAAGUCAUGGUGGGUCACUUGCAGUUCCAAGGUAUGGACAACACCAACAAAGAAAAGAAUCGGGAAAGUUUGCUGGACAGUCCUGAUUCGGGGCUGCCCCCCAGCCCGAGCCCCCCUUUCUACUCUUUGUCUCCGGGCGGAGCUGAGAACAAAGCCGUGGACAAGAAUUCCUGCACAGAAAUCCUGGAUCAGGAGCCCGGGAGAGAGGGGCCAAAAGGGAAGCAGAUUUUCCUUGGGAAAAUUGAGGUCUUGGCAGGCGGAAACUUGCUAAUCUGCCCCUCUCUAAACAAACAAAGGAGGAUAACAAACAAAACCUCCAAGUUUGCAACCUCAGGGAACCCCAGGGGCUUCAUUUCUGUAACACAGAAGCCAUCCGCCGACUUGCAAAGGAGCAAGCCAAGAUUCACAUUAACCCAGUUUAAGGAUAUGUGGCCAUGGUGCAAUUCGGAGAUCAAGUACAGCUCAGAGAAGCACUUCCGGGAUGACAUCUUCUACCACCCCAGGCCCACCGUCACCACCUACCGAGAGUCCGUCACGGUGGCCCCCAACUGCACUUGGCGGAACUACAAGUCUCAGCUCCUUUUCGAGCCGCGUCAGAAGCCCCUCCGGUAUCAAAGCACAACCAUCAUUUUCCCCAAACGCGCCAAAAACAUUUACCGGACCACACUCAACUGCCGACUGGGCUGUGCCAAGCGGUGGUUCGCCUCCAGUGUCCAACUCGCCUUGUGCGAGGGCAACAAUGCCUACCUGACACCUCCAGAGAACUUGUCAGGCUAGGCCAUGUACGGCAUAGGUCCACCUCUUGGAGACACGUCCCCUGGCUGAAGGCACCUCAGAGACGUCUGCAGGGUUACAAUUUCUUCCUUGUCGACUCGAUUGUGGGCCACGCGAGCGUCUUUCACGCUUCAAGAACCAGUUUGGCGCGAGAGCCUCCUCUGAAGAUGUAGCACUUAAAUGCCACACUGUUUAAUCCAGAAAGCUGUCUUUAGUCAUUUACUAUUUAAAUCUCUCUAAGUAUGAGACUUUUUGGAAGAUUUUCCCGUGGCUUUUAGGAGGUUUGUUUCCUUGGGGGAAAAAAAAAAAAGCAUUAUCCAAGAAUCUCCUUGGCCAAUUGAGCAAUCAUCAUCAUUUAACGGUCCCAUAAUCCCUUGCAGGGUGGAGCCUGCGCAAUUGAAUGGAGCUGAGGGUUUACUGGCCGGAUGCCCUUC